AUGCCUACGGGCUUGCUUCUGCUGCUCGGUCGCUGCGGCUUCGUCUUUCCUCUUGUAGCAUUAGCAUGGCUCGCAUACCCUUCAAAAGACGCAGCAGUCAGACGACAGCGCAAGCUCCUGCGACGCGCAAUUGCGCCCAUCGCAUUCUGGGCAGGCUUGCAAGUCCCUCUCUCCUUCCCAUUCGAGCCUCGUACGGGCAUUCUACACUUUCUGCUGGCAAUCCUAGGCGUCACCGCUAGCUUUACUGGCUUAGCUUGGGGAUUCUGCGAUGAAGAGAUUCGAUGGAUUGGCUACUUGGAUCCGCCUCUGGUGGACUAUGAGACCAAACAUGCUUCGCUGCUCGAUAGGAUAAAAUGGACAGUCAGUCUCGUCAGUAGCCCUAGAGGUCUCGGAUUCAGUACAGGCUGUAGACCGAAUCAGUUGCCGAAGUCGCUGCCGGAGCCACCUGUCGCGUUUCUCAGCACUUGGCUGAAGCAGUAUACCAUCCUGCAGGCUCUUUUGCAUGUCAGCUUGUGGCUUCUAAGCGGUUCAUACCAUAACUCAGGCGAUAGCCUGGGCUUCCUCGCACAAAAGCUCGGCAAAGUGAAGUCAGGUCACGAAUACUUGGACGCUCUCGCAUUUGCGCUCCAUACACUUUGCGCAGGACAGGCUGUAUGGCUCGGCAUAGAACUAGGCACGGGAAUCGUCAUGCUUGCCAUGUUCUUGGUCUUGCGACUCGCUCGGUUUCUGACUGCUUCUCUGCCCGCUAGCCUACGACCGAACCCAUUUGAGCCGCACGUCUGGCCGCCAUUAUUCCGAUCGCCGUACGGAACAACAGGUCUGGCAGACUUUUGGGCAUACAGAUGGCAUCAGAUCUAUCGUCGCAUUUUCACCCUGGCCGGGAGAACAGCGAAAGCGAUAUGCGGCAAAGGCGCAUUGGGACAAGCGGCAAGCGUGUUCGCUGUCUUUGCAGUAUCGGGCUUCAUCCACGAGUGGCCAGUCCAGACGCUUGACCCUUCGUAUCCUGUCGACCCGCUCUCGCAAUGGAACUCCAUCAAGUUCUUCAUGUUACAAGCAGUCGGGAUUCUUGCUGAGCAAGCCCUACGAGCGUACUACAAGCCUUCCAGGAGCGUAGGACUGGCCUAUACGCUCGGCUAUCUGCUCCUGACCGGGCACUUCUUAACUGGCUCGCUGCUUAGUCGAGGAUUGCCCAAUGUGCUCUUGCCAACUCAGCAUUGGACCGUCUGUCACUGGCUUGUGCCGUACGGCCCUGUGCUGUUAGGUAAAGACGCAUGUAGGUAG